CAUCGUAUCGUUUCUGAAUGUCACGCCACUUUUUCAAAAAAUAAACAGAUGGACAACUGUGUAGAUAUUACACACGACUUGUGAACUGUGAAAAUUGAAGUACAGAGGUGAAAGAUUUCGAAUUUAGACGAUGUCAAACUUAACGUGGAGGGUACUGUUGAUUAUCACCAUAGGGCUGACUAGCGAAGGAAAUAUUUGGCAGACGAAGGAAGAUGUCUAUGAAAGUAAGUUCACUUAAACAUGCAGGGAUAUCGUCAAGCAGUCAGAGUAGAUCAACUGCUCAUGCAAAUAGUAAGAAUAGACACGUCAAGAUGAUCAUGAAUUUCUGCUAACCAGGUCGACUUACAACGGUCUUCCGUUUUACUUCAAAAUAGACUUAUUCCUCGUAACAUUGCGGGGAGGUAUGUCAGAGAUGAGACUGUAAGUUACUUUACACCGAAUUUCUCAACAAAAGUGAAACGUAUUUAUUAUGAUUUAGCGAUAUAAAAUUCCCCUCCGUAUCUUGUUCACUCAAAGGUACAUUGCUGGAAUUUCGAAUAUGCGCUUUUGCUGGUACAUGGCGCUUUUGGAUAAAUUGCAAUCAGGGUCAUGUUCCUUUCGCAUGGGUUUUACCACGCAUAGCCGAGGUCAAGGGUAGAAAGUGCGAUGUGUGACGAGACUAAACAACGGCUGCGAAGGAGACUACGCUUUGUUCUCGCUUAUACCAGCCGUACCAUCUACCAGCUCUGAUAGAUAUCGAUGAGUUUACACACAAAAAACAAACGUUAUCAUUCGUCUUGCCGUAUGGCAUUGAUACAUUUUUUUUAUUGGUACCGUUUGAAAAACACUUAAUUUUUGUCCCUUGCCUUAUUUAUGUGAGUCCCCCUCGGUUAGACCUACAAUGAUAUAUGCUACCACGUAGGGAUGAGAUCUAUGAGAUUUCAAAGUAUGCAACCAACACAUAUAUAUAAUUGUAAUAAUAAUAAUGAUAGUAAUAAUAAUGAUGAUGAUGAUGAUGAUGAUGAUGAUGAUAAUGAUAACAAUACUAAUGAUAUUGAUUAUAAUAAUGAAGUGCUAAAAUUUAUUUAUCGACACUCAACGGUUCUUUACUGGUGGCCAAUUCAACAUCUCGUUCUUUUGCGAUUAUUCACAACUCAUGGAUAAAAAUCGUACGCGCCCGCCAACCAUGGGGCAUGACAGCACCGGUAAAGAGCGACAUUGCUUGCUGGCCGUGUUGAUAAUAUGCGGCCGCACUAGUUUACUGGAACUGUGGUCGAAGAACAUUCAAAAUCUUGAGAUAAAUUCGAUUUCUCUACAUCAAGCGUUCUCCCUGUGCUCAUUCACCCAAAGUUUGAGACAUUUUUACUUGCUGUUGUUCAGGAACAACGGAUUAAUUUUCUACACUUCGAAGGUUUUUGGGUCCUGAUAGAGAAAUUGAGCUUUUCGCCGUGAUAUCGUUGUUUGUGAAAGCCUGAAUCAUGGUUUGCGACCGCUAUGGUUUUUCACAUUCGGUUCAAGGAACAUUUUCAGUUCUAUACGUCUAACAAAUCGGAGAUUCUCGCCAGUUCGAGUUUUUCUCUUCGGAUACUCUAAAAAUUCCUCUUCAUUUGUUUUUUAGCGUAGUUGCACGCCACCCCAACACAUAUCUUGGUGCUCCUAACACGCGUGGUUCUUGUUGUUGAACCAAAUCAUAUUCAGCAGAGCCUCACGGGAGACGACGUUCUUAACAGUUCUUGGUCGUACAAUAGUGUUAUCUGAGAGAGCAGCUGAAGCUAUAUGUUUAUUCCCUUUUUCUUUCUGUUUGAGAUCGUAUAUUUUUAUUGUAUAGAACUUGCGUCUUCCAAAAUGCCGAAGUCGGAAUUCUUCUUCUUUGAAUACCAUUAGCACUACAUGCUUUCCUUUUUGGAAAUAGUUAGAUGAAAAAAGUUCUGAGGAAGCCAAAAUUGAACGAGGCUGUAGGCCGAGUCCAAUUUGGCUGUAAGUAGAAUUUUUAAAAUCUAAUUGUUUCCAAAUUGAACAAACAUGUAGACCUCUUAUUUAUUAAUCAUGUAGCUUGUCAUUUUAUACAGCCUUACUUUCGCCUCAAGAUGUUGUCUUGAAUUUGUAAAUUCACGAUCUCGCAAGAUACUGUAGUGUCUGCUACACUUUUUCAAAUGGCGGUCCAACGAGCACUGCAUGAUGGCCAGACUAUCUGGUUCAUAUUCAUCGCCAUCCUUCUUUCGAAUUACAAAGAAAAAACGGCAAAGAAUUGCAUUCAGCUCAUGACGAGGGGUACCUUAAAACUUUCUCGCUUCUCCGCGCAGUACUUUCCACUCGCUGAAAACGGUUACCCAAGUUUUUGUAUUCUUGGGGGUUUUUUGAUUCUGGUUUUUGCUUCUUAGGUUAAUAAGGUCCUCUUCUGGCAACGAAGGAAAUCUCUCAUUUGCGUCACCAUUGUUGAAAAGAUCUAAGGAAAUGGAAAAUUGGGCAAAUCUUCCUCGCUAAAUUCCGCCGUUGUCAAACAACAACACAACAAGUCUACAGAGCUGACGCUAUGCUUUGUGCUGAUUGGCUAAUUUCCAUCGCAUGUUUUUGCUUGGAGUUGAUUGGCUUGGGCAAACUGUCCUAUUUUUCUUAAAUAGGAUAGCAUGUGAAUUUUUUAACUCAAAAUCCUUAGUGAAACUAUCCAAUUUAAUCCUUAAUUGGACAGUUCUCAGAAACUAAAGGAUAAUAGCUGCGCUGGCAAAAUUGGAUUAACUGACCAGCUAUAUAAUUAAAUAAGAUUUAUGUAACCCCCACACUCCUAAGGCGAGGCAAACGCUGUGAAAUUUUCAUGUCAAAUCCUCACAUAACUCUUCCCUAUGUCCAUGUCCAUGAAUAAAACUAAAAGAAACCGAUAGAAAUAGGUGCGCAUAUUCGCAGCGUGAUUUAGCCACUUUGAAUGUGACGUAACAAUGAGUGCCAUUAUAUGCCAUCUUCGUGACUUACACGCAUUGCUAACAGAGUUUACAAAACCUGGCUUAGCACAUAUCACCGGCUCUCCUAAUCGUAUUCAGAGAUGUCAUUACAUAUAAGAAUUACUUCCUCGUUUUCCAGGUUUUCAGAAGACUCCACCGUUACAGGAAAUCAAGGAAUACCUCAUGAAAUAUUUUCUAGAUCGUCGAGACCACACAAGGGGAAAGCGAUUUACUCCAUAUCACGACAUCAUUUUCAUUCUCGACUCAUCCAAGUUUCUCUCUGAGGAAAACUUUAAUCUCAGUGUUAUAACAGCACAAAAUUUGGUGACGAGGUUCGAUCCUGACACACAAUUUGCAUCAAUAAUAUUUGGGACCAAUGCUACCAUCAGCUUCAAUUUUCAUUUUGCCAGGGUAAGACUUGAGUUUUAAAAAACAAUAAUCGAUCCCUACUUUACUCUGCGUGCCUGUUCUAUGCCGUUCUCUGCAAUGUGCGACACGGUGUUUCGUCUUACCGUAUUUACAGUAGAUUUGAUUAAAUCGGCAUUUCGCCGACGUCUUCAUUGAGUGGACGCGGGCGCGAUUGUGACUUAAAACUUGUAGGAUAAUUCAAGAGGUUUCAAGAUAUAGCUUUUAUAUUUCAGGCAAAGUGUGCAGUAUUACAAAUCGAGUUCCGUCCAAACCACCUCAUAAUAUAAGAAGUAAAAGGGGCGCUUUUGAGUACAAUUUCCCAGAAGUUUAUUUUUUACACCCUUGCCGUAUUUUUCUGGCAUUAUUGAGAUCGCUUCGAAAAUCGGUUUCAUUAUGCCAUUUCCAAUACGAACGUUCAGAGUAAAAUGUGCGAAUAAUGAUAAAUAUGAACGACAUGAUUCAGUGUAAAAUGUGUAACUGAUAUGAUACAGCGAAGUUUCAGCUUCAAUGAGAAUCGAGCUUUUUAAGUCACUAUUUCUUUUCAUAAUUCACCAAAUUUAUAGGCAUUGACUUUCCUCUCAAUGAACGCAAUCGUAGUUAUGUCGAACCGUUGUACUAAUUUUGCUCUCAAGAUGUCUUUUUUUUAUCCCUGUGUUUUUCUUUCUUUUAUCCGUUUUUUUCUCUCACCAGGUAGCCAUUGAGAGCUUCGGUAAAGUAGGAUAUCAAGGAGGGAAGAGAAACACCUUUGAUGCAUUACAAGCCGCACAAAAUAUGCUUUUACUUAACCACAAUUCAGGGGUGCGUGACGGCAGUCGUAAAAAAGUGCUACUUGUGACUACAGGGCCGUGUGAGCGCACUCUUACUGAGACGAUCAAACUUCAGAGGCUGAUUUGGGUAGCGAUGCAAAUAAAAAACCUGGGAGCUGAAUUGUUUGUUGUUGCUGUCGGCAAUAGGAUUCCCAGAAUUGAAGAACUGCUUUUAAUUCCAAGUUCUACCGAUGUGCAUUUCUAUCGUGUGGCCAAUAUGACGGCAUUUAAGAGUUUAGUGGAUGAGAUCCCUAUCCACAUCGUUUACCAAGAUGAUUACUAGGUUCCACAGUAUUCAACGACUUGUUUGAACAGUCGAAUCAUUCUUAUCCAUAUUCUUUACGACUGUUAAGACAGAACAAUGCAUUGGUACGCGCUAUUCUUGUUUAAUGAUCGCCUUUUGAUGAAUCUUCUUCACAAGCCACUGUUUGCGACCGGCACCAUUUGGAUUUUUAGACCUUUCUACCACUGGACAGUGGAAAGUCCAAAUAUUUUCGCCUAGACUACAGUUCAUUACAAAUAGGUUUAGCUAGUGGCUCUUAAUGUAGGUUUUUCUUCUAAGACCUCUAAUGCAGAAUAAUUACUAAUUAUUGACUACUAUGCGUUAGCAGAACUAGUUUUCAGACUAUAUCAUACACCACCCAAACAGCAUGAGGUCAAAAUUUUCAUAACUAUGGAACGACAAUUUAUCAACUUGCUGGCUUCUCCUGGGGGGAGGGAAGAGGCCUUACUGCUGUUUGCUUUGUUAAACGACUCUAAGGCCUCCGUGAAAAAUGUUGAAGUUACGAUAUAGUCUAGAAAUGUAUGCUUGAUGGAAUCGGAAUUGGUGCAAAAGAUGCAUGUUCACCUUCAGGUACUUGAAUUUCAACAAGUUUGUUUUGCGCUUGUAAGAUCAUAUGUCAAAGCCGGAAAGAAACGACCCAAAAUUUAGUAUCACCUGUCGAUGGGCAGAUAAAUGAUGAUUUAAGUUUCUAUUUGUUAAAUAAGUUCAGAUGGUUAAUACCAGUUGUCAACUUUCAAUAUUGCAUGGAAAUGUUUGCAACACGUUUUAAUUAGAUCCAUGGGAGCAUUACCCGUCGGAGAAAAAAAUCAUAUGUGUCUAAUGACUCAUGUGAGAGCCUUCCAAAAUCCCUGGCUUAACUCUUUCAGUAUAGAUGCUAUCAGUUGAAAGGAAGGAAGAUAAUGCUUUGUUCAAUUUAAACUUACCUAUUAAGGAUAGCCUGCACAAUUCAGAUCUUCUUAUUUUGCAGGGAUCUCCAAAAUAGCAUGUUGUUUUUAAGGUUAUUUUAAUCAUUUUUUUUUACUACUAAUUCACUAGACGAAAAUGAUUUUGGUACUUUUAAACUCCUGGGUGUAUCGUAAAAGUUGUAAAAGGAUUGUGAUCCUUUUCAGAAAUGACAUCGUAAAAAAGGCUUUGGUGAGUUAUCGUGGUAAAUAACACUUUCACAAGGGAAAUAUAAUCGUAUGUCUCACGACGUGGUCACUUCGGGUGUGGAUCACAAUCCAAACCCGAAGUUACUACAUCUUGAGACGAAUGUUUAUACUGAAAUUAUUUCUCUUUUUUAGACAUUGUUGACAUUAUAAGCAAGACGCUAGGGGAAAAGAGGCACUAUUAGUUAUAUUAAACGUUUUCACAUGCCAAGACAAGUAACCAUACCAUAUUUUGCCGCAAAAAAUUU